AUGGCGACGUGUGGCCAGGAUUCUCGCUUGUUCACUGUGCAGCUCGAUGCAUCCUCUGGGCAUCCUGUGGGUUUGCAGUUGGGUGAGGAUGGUCAUACAGUCACAGCAGUGGACGAUGGUUCUUUAGUGGCAACGUGGAAUGCGUCGCAGUCCAACCAAGUCGUGCCGGGCAAUCUGCUCCGUAGUGUGAAUGGCCAGUCCGACCCGGAUGGCAUCUGUCAGGAGUUGAUCCAACUGACGCCAUUGACCUUGGAAGUGCAAACUUCGAAGGACACUUCGAAUGGUGACGUUGAGUCCAUGCUUCAAGAUCGUAUCGACCUGGAGCAGCAAAGUCGAGAAGCCUCCAUCGAGCAACUGACGACUUUCAUGCAGCAAGCCAUCUUGACCGUCUCGAACCGCAUGGAGGAGCUGGCACUGACUCAUGCCGAAAGCCAGCGCCAGCAAAGCUCCAAGAUGCGAGCCUUGAGCCAGCUGGUGGCAGAUACACAGCAGGCGCAGCAAAAGCAGGUGAUCCGAUUGAGUCGAUUGGAGGAGCUCCGAAAAGGCGAUUUGCAGCGAAUUGAGGACAUGGAGUGCGACCAGAAGCGGCUGAGCCAAACUUUGCACCGACUCACCGAAGAGACGCAGCAACGAAGCCAUCAGGUCAAUGAAGCCCUCAGAGGAAUUGCGCAGGAUGUGACAUCGCUGGAGCAGUACUGUAGGAAUCGUCGACGACCUUCCAAGACGGAUACUGUGAAUGGCUCGGAGGGGGAAGCAACCUGCGUGCCCACAGUGCUUGCCUCGGAACAAGGGCCCUUUGCAAGUCAGUCUGGGGGCCAAGGCAACUGUGUCACAAAAGAUCCGGUUGGUGGAGAUACUGGAGGGCCAGCUGAGCAAAUGACUCAGAUUCCCCAAGCAUCUUCGAGCAUGGAGGCGGCAUCAAGAGUCCGAACCACAGCCCCCUCAAGUGCAGCGAGCUCUCCGUACGUGACGGCCACACCUGCGGAGAGUGAGCCUGCUCCAUUGAAGUUGGAGGCCGCGCCAGCCAGACUCUUCACACCUGAGUCUCAUCGGGUCUCGGACAAUGGGAAGCCAGCAGGCUGGAGAGCUGUGAGCGCGGGAGCUGCGGCGAUGGAUGCCAGGAGCCACAUCAAUCCAGCUGGCUGGCGUGGGCAUGCGGUGCCUGGGGGGCAUGCGCUGCCAGGAGAGGUGCAAAGGCCCCCGGCCCUCUGCUCACCCCGAUGCCCUCUGUCGCCCAGAACAGCUGCUGCAGCGAUGGUGGUCCCCUCCUUGCAGCCCCUGCUGUCACCAACAUCAUCGCAUGCCCGCCUGCUCUCGCCGGUCCGAUCGGCUGCGCCGUUUGGACCUCCGGCUCGGCCGUUGAGCCCAGGAGCAUUCCAUCUAGCGCAGAGGCCCGAGGCGGCUUCGAUCCACAGAGUCCACAGCCCCCACAGCCCGCGCUUGACGAGGAUGGUUCAGGCACCCUUCCCAGUGUUGGCCCCAAGCCCAUACCCCGCCUACACCGGCAGUGGCUGCAAUCCGGGUGUCUGGUCGCAGGUGUCUAAGGCACAAGCCCCAGUUCCACCGACGCCACAGGCGACUGAAGCUGUGGGCUCCGGCCUUCCUGCCACGGAACGGGCAAGACGUGUCACAUCUCCAUCGCGAUCCCAAGGCUAA